AAACUUGGGAAUAUAGCCGCGAAGUUAAUUUCUCCCCCCAGAAAAUCUCUAUCUAGCCUCACCUCCCUACUCCCCACCCUCUCUGCCACCGACCGCCGCGCAGCCGCCCGCCGUCUCUCUCUUUUCUGCUUCGCAGUCGCACCGUCCUCUCUUUCGCCGGCGGCUUCUUCUUUUCCGCUUGUCCGAACCGCCGCCCGCAAUCCUUCCGCCAACCAAACCCUCAAACCCUGGGUUUCACUAUCUUCACGGUUCGGUUCGGUUCAGUUUUCGUUUCACCUUCAAUUCCUUUCUAAAACCGAACCGUGAAAACCACUAUAUAAGCUUCGAUUUUGAGCAAUUUUAAUGAAGGAGAGGGCUUUUGCCCCUAAAAACCCGAAUGCUUCGCCCCUGCAUCCGUUCCUCCUCCCCUCUCGCCGCCAUUGGAGUUCAAAGCCCAACUCCCAUUCUUAACCUGCCAUGCGUUUUGCUUCAAUUCCCGCCCUUAAUUAUCCUCACCGACUUACCCGGAAAUUUUGCUCUUCGGUGAAUUAUUCCACUUCCUGUGCUCUUAGCAGUAUAAACAUCAUCGAAGACAGCAAUACUCACAGUUGGAAAUACCUCGAUUUGCAGUCACGAAUGCAGAACUAUGCGGCUUCUGGUGAUCUUCCUGAAGCUUUAGAGACUCUGAAUUUCAUGAAAAAUGUUGCCGGGAAGCCCUCUGUAUAUGAUUACAACGCGUUGUUUCAUAGAUAUUUGAGUUCUGGAAAUGUUUCGGUAGAACAAUUGGUUCAGGUCUAUAUCGGAAUGAAGAAUCUGGGGCCAUCCCCAAACAGAACAACUUUCAACAUACUUCUUAAUGGAUUUCUGUCAUUAGGUUACCUGAGAGAUGCAUAUUUCUUUGCAGAAGAGAUGACCAAAAGUGGGAUGAAUCCAUCUUUCACAUCCUUGUCCAAAUUGCUUAAAAGUUCGAUGAAAUCAGCCAGGAUGUUGGAAGAGGCAUACAGGUUUUGUGCUAAACUGAUAUCUAAAAAUCUUAAUUUUCAAGCAUAUGUGUUUAAUCCUGUUCUUUGGGCAUUGUGUAAGUGUGGCAACAGUUCUCUAGCUUUGCAGUUGUUUUAUAUGAUGAAAAAGAAUGGCAUAGCUCAUAAUGUAUGUUCAUAUACUGCUUUGCUUUAUGGAUUUGGAAGGGAAUGUUUGUGGGUUGAUCUUUAUAGUUUCUUAGAUCAAAUGAGAAGUGAUGGAUGUAAGCCGAACGUCGUUACUUACACGGUUAUUAUUAAGUUUCUUUGUGAUGAUGGGAGGAUUGUUGAAGCAUUUGAAAUCUUGAAAUCCAUGGAAAUUGAGGGUUGUGAUCCAGAUUUGGUAACUUAUAAUAUAAUUAUCCGUGCACUUUGCCUUUCUGAUAGAACGUGCGAUGUUGUUGAGCUUUUACAGUUGAUUCAUCGUAGAGGUUUCUCUCCCGAUCCGUAUACAUAUGCUGCUUUGGCUGGAGGGAUUAUGAGGGUAGGAAAGACCGAAAUUGCUUAUGAGUUAUUGCGUAAAGUGUUCACGAGAAACUGUACUGUUGACGUUGUUGUGUACAAUAUAUACUUUCAUUGCUUGUGUCGAAAUAAUAGAUCAAGAGAAGCCUUUUCUCUGUUGAAAAGUAUGACGAAAGGAGGUAUUGUUCCAACU